UGACUGCCUGACUGGCCUCACUCGCUCUGUCUUCGCUGCGAAGUUAAAACGAAGCUGCCUCCCGUCUUUAUUUUGCAAUCCUCCAGAGAGAAAGCGCAGAUAUUCAACCGACUCACACGUUUAACUCAACAUAUUUUCCCCCACAACGCCAUUUUUUCUAAAUUUUAUUUUGUUUCGGGGUGACUCUACAUCGGAUAUGACUCCAGCGGUCGACACAACCGGCGGCGACUUCUUCUUCUGUUGCUCCUCUUCUCCCCCUGAUUCCCCGUUUUCUCUUGGUAUAACGCUCUAAAUGACAUUUCCGCACACGGAUGAGGAGACUUGCUGAAUGAAACUUUCUGCCGUUUCUCCCGGAUGACCCAAGAAGCGCUGAUGGGAGCAGCUUUUAUCCACAACAAGCGAGUUGAUUGCGGCUGGAUCCUCUGGAUGGGACGCAGAUAAAAAAAAAAAAGAAGAAGCAAAAAACAAAACAGAAAAUGUUUGGUCACGUCAACUUCCAGGUCGGGAGGUUAACAACAAUGUCAGGGGUCGCUCGUUUUGGGAAAUGAUUACUGGCAGCACCGACGGUAAAAUAAUGGUCAGAAGAUGUCUAGUAACGUUCAAACCAUUCAGGAUAUUCGUGGUGGGAAUAGGCUUCUUCAGCCUGUGCUUUCUAAUGACUUCUCUGGGGGGGCAGUUCUCAGCCAAGAGACUGGGGGACUCCCCUUUCACCAUCCGCACAGAAGUGCUGGGAGGUGUGGAGUCUCGCGGGGUGCUGAGGAAGAUCAGUGACAUGUUGGAAGUGAUUCUGAAAAGGAUGGACAGUCUGUCCAAACUCGACAACACAUCCACCACUGACGCGAGGCGCCUGGAUGAACUCAGCUCUGCUAUCAACAGGUUUCAACCAGCAGGACUCAUGGAGAGGAUUCAAGCAAUUGCCCAGAAUGUCUCCAACAUGGCCAUCAGAGUGGAGCAGAUACUGCAAAACAGUAUGGUGCAAAGUAGAGUUGUGAGAGAUGGAACGUCAAGCCAGUGUGAAGUCCCAAGAGACCCCCGCUUUCCGGAAUGUCCUGGAAAAGUAGAUUGGAUGCGCGCUCGGUGGACAUCAGACCCUUGCUACGCGUUCUAUGGUGUCGAUGGCUCAGACUGCUCCUUCCUCAUCUACCUGAGCGAGGUCGAGUGGUUCUGCCCCCCGCUGGCCUGGAGGAACCACAGCAGCCUCCCGACCCAGCAUACACAGCAGGCGAAGCCCCCCAAGAGACAAGCUGCCUUCCGCACAGACCUGUCUGUACUGCUGGACCAGGUCGGGGCUGGAAAAGAGUCCCUCAGCUUCAUGAAGCGCCGAAUCCGCCGCCUCACACAACAGUGGGCAACAGCCGCCAACCGUCUGGAUGCGAAACUGGAGCAGCGAUGGAGGGACCAGAAGAAGAUUCUGGUCCAUGUUGGCUUCCUAACAGAGGAGUCUGGAGAUGUUUUCAGUCCCAAGGUGCUGAAGGGGGGACCUCUGGGAGAGAUGGUCCAGUGGGCUGACAUUCUGACGGCCCUCCAUGUUCUGGGACACAAUCUCAAGAUCUCCAUGUCUGUCAAGGAGCUUCAAGGGUUCCUCGGUGUGCCCCCAGGCAGAGGCAGUUGCCCACUCACUGGUCCGCUGCCCUUUGACCUGAUCUACACCGACUACCACGGCCUGCAGCAGAUGAAGCAACACAUGGGACUCUCGCUGAAGAAACACAAAUGUCAUAUCCGAGUGAUUGACACAUUUGGGACGGAGCCAGCAUACAAUCAUGAGGAGUACGCAACCCUGCACGGCUACCGGACCAACUGGGGUUACUGGAACCUGAACGCCAGACAGUACAUGACCAUGUUCCCUCACACACCAGACAACUCAUUCAUGGGCUUUGUUUCGGAGGAGCUGAAUGAAACGGAGAAGAGGAGCAUCCAGCAGAACAAAGUCAACAACAUGGCUGUAGUGUACGGGAAAGAGGCCAGCAUGUGGAAGCAGGGUAAGGAGGGUUUCCUGCAGAUUCUCCACAGGUACAUGGAAGUCCACGGCACAGUGUACUAUGAGACCCAGAGACCUCCAGAGGUUCCUGCCUUUGUGAAGAACCACGGCCUACUGCCCCAACAUGAGCUCCAGCAACUACUGCGCAAGGCCAAGCUCUUCAUUGGUUUCGGUUUCCCCUACGAAGGCCCAGCUCCUCUCGAAGCAAUAGCUAAUGGUUGCAUUUUCCUACAGCCCAAAUUCCACCCGCCUCACAGCUCAUUAAAUCAUGAGUUUUUCAGAGGCAAGCCCACGUCUCGAGAGGUAUUCUCCCAGCACCCGUAUGCAGAGCAGUACAUCGGCAGACCUCAUGUCAUGACAGUGGACUACAACAACUCCCUGGAGUUUGACUCUGCUAUCAGGGAAAUUAUGAGGAUGGAGGUUGAGCCAUACCUGCCUUAUGAGUACACCUGCGAGGGGAUGCUGGAGAGAGUUCACGCCUACAUACAGCAUCAGGACUUCUGUGCCCCAGAGCCUCCCUUCAUUUCAGCCAACCUCUCCAGACAGGGUUCGGCUGGUGGCAGCAGGAUGAUGGGACCUCUGUUCGUGCCCCAGCCCAACUCCACAGCCCUUAGCUGGGCAUCCAAUGUGACAGCUCCCACUGCCUGGCCUCCUCUCAGCUCCCUCAGGCUGCUUGUAUCUCAGGAGGGCCAGUCUUGUGUGCAGUCCUGCCAGUCAGCUGGUUUCAUCUGUGAACCUGCUCACUUCCGCUUCAUCAACAACAAGGAGGCUCUGCACGGGUUGGAGGUGCAGUGUGAGGUGGUAGAUUCUGAGAUCAACCACAUCCUUCCAGCCUUCUCCGUGGUGCGACGGGAGUGUGGCCUUCAGCGGGAACCCCUACUCUUCAGCUGUGCAGGACACUCCCCUAAAUACAGACGUCUUUGCCCCUGCAGGGACUUCCGCCACGGGCAGGUGGCACUGUGCAGAGACUGUCUAUAAUAACGGAACACUUGAAGGACAGACACAAAAGAAAUAGAAGCAGGUUGAUGGUGGGGGGUGAGGGACACUGGAAGGCAGCCACAGGCCAGAACAAGUGUAAAGCUGUGACAAAUUAUCUGAUGCUGCAGAGGUCGCCUCUCCCUGAAACAGUAAAUGUAGAAUCAUGAGGAACAGGCUUGCAUGGAUUUGAAGAGCUUAAGCCUGGGUACCUGCUAGGUUGUAAGUGAGGAUUGUGGAUAAUUGUAGUCGUUAUAACACCUUGUUACACUGCAGCAGGUUGGAGACAUAGAGCAGUAAGACUUUCUAGAACAAGCAGAGGAAAAUUCCCCCUGAGGACAAAGGCUGGCUUACCACUCGCCAAGCCUUCACAAUUUCACAUUAACCCUCGUGAUUACAGCAUAAUAGUUUCUGCAAAAUGCUGGCCGAUGAUAUUAUACACAGCAUUUCAUUCUAUGGACUCCAUCUCACCUGAAAAUAAUGGGUUUAAGCUGGAAAAUGUACACUUAAAGAAGUGUGUGACUGCAGAGAAACUGAUUAUUGGGACUAUAGUGUCAUUCCAUGACAGAGUCUUCAAAUAUCUUGGUUUGGAGAAGGCAACCUCGGGUCAAUAUCCAAUCUCCUCUCUGCACUUGGACAAAGGAUGAUGGACAACCAGGUUAUCUCCCAAGCUUUUUUUCCCCUCCUCCUCCAAUGACAGACAGAGCCAUCUAUCAGACUAAAGCCCAAGUCUGAGGCAACAUCAGUCAGUGCAAUCAUCUCUGGUCAGAAAAUGAAAGAGGAGAAGAGAGGACAAAGAUAAAGGGCACAAGAUUAUUUUUCAAUAAAUAAGCUUUUAGAGCUCUCAACUGGACUUUUAAAGAGUCCUCUUGGCUUUGUGAUGGAAAAAUCAUAAAAUAAAAAAAAUCUGAAUGGAUUAAAGUGUCAAUGGAUUUUAUAUUGCGUGUGGUCUUCAGUCAGUUCCUUCCUAUGUUUAUAUGUUGGACGGUAGCACCUGCUCCUAUCUGUUAAAAUCAUCCCACCACUCACAUUCAUCCAGAUUUCCAUCAAUCCAUCCACCUUUAGGUAGAGACAUUUGAUCUGUUUCACAUGAAGCUGACAGCCAGCAUAGGUCGAAGCUGUCAGUGAGAUAGGGAGUUUUACGAAUCUAAUUUGAGCAUCGAGAAUGAUUACAUCAGUUGGAUAAGAGUUUAAGUGUAUGUGAAUGACUUAAUUGUAACUGCUGUAACAAGGUUAUAAUCCUUCACAUUUCAGUCGUGGCUGAUACCAACACAUAUGGUUCAAUACUUUACAGGAUGCAUACAAGUUGCAGAAUUCUACUUUGUCAGAAAUACAACAAAAAAGCAAAGGUAUCUACUUACAGCUAUAUGUUUUUACUACACAGCCCAAGUUAAAAAACAAAAGUCAAUAACUGAUCUUUUGUCAUUGUGCCUUGUACUACUGCAGUCGAAUGCUUCAUGCUGCAUGCACCACUAGUUAUCUUACACACAAUAGCAGGGAUCAGUGAAGCUGAUUAUCAUGCUGUGGAGUUGGAGGUGUGCAGACUGUCGCCUGGAGCUCUUCAUCUAACAGCAUGCAAUAGCUGUGACUUCAUACCAUGACUCUGCGCAGUAUUUAAAAAUGAUCUGCAGCCCCUCAGAAAUGCACAAAAAUUCAGUUUUCUUGAUGCUGUCAGAGCUAUAAUAUACAGAGUACAAAAAGUAUGUAUACUGUUUGGAUUUGCAAGUUUUUAUUAAUUAACUGGUCAAAAAAUUUCGAUUAGACUUUCAUCUCACAAACUGAAUGUGGUUUAGUUUAUAACACACAACAAAUAAACACUUAUUAAACAAGCUGUUUUUGACACGCACCUAUUAAGCAUUAAAAAUGCUGCUAGUUUGGGGUAAUUUUCUAUCGAUUUUCACCUAGCAGACAGUCACCCUGACAUCCAAAAAUACAUAUACCAGUCUAGACCCAAAAGCAGCAAAUCAGCCUUGAAUCACGAUGCCCCUUCCAUCGUUUGAAUGAUGCUUUUAUUUUGGUGUGCAGCGCUCUGUUUUAGUGAUACAUGUCCCUGCAUGCUUGUCCUAAACAAGUCAACCUUAAUUUCAUCAGUGCGCAAAACAUUUUCCCAGUAGUUUUGUACAGAUGCUCUUGAGACACUGCUGUGAUGUUUUGGAGAGCAGCAGUUUCUCCCACAGUGUUUGGCCACUGACAACAACUUCAAUGAUUCCUUUAAACCGUUAGCUGUUUGUGCUCUUGGAUGAACUGUGCACCUACCUCUAUGAGCAGUGGCAUAAAAUUGUAUUUAAUCAUUACCAUAUACAGACAACUUGUUUACAAAUGAAUAACCAAACUUCUUGAGACCCCUUUCCCACCUUAGGAAAACCAGUAAUUUCAUCACCAUAAGUCUUCUGAGACCUCUUUGUUGCGAGGCAUGUUUCAAAUCAGCCUAAUCCCCUUGUGAAUAAUAAAUUCAUAAUAUUUGAAUGUUUUUCUAUAAAUCAAAGUCGCUCCGAUAUUCACCUCUCAUCUUCUUUCACUGAUUGAUUGAGGCCCUGUUCUGCCAACUGCUGAUUUCAAUUAGAUUUUGUUUGAACAAUGUAUUCAUUACAGACAAGAAUAAUACAGUUAUUUGUGUGUUAUCAGUUAAAACAGAUUCAUGUUCGUAAUUGUUACUUGGAUGAAGAUUAUACGUGCAGAUAAUUCACAAGGGCUCAUUUACUUUUACUUGCCAGUGUACAUUGCAUCUCCUGUAACUGCUGCUGUUGUUGUUUCAGUUGAAUGCCUUUACU